UGCCAGCAGUGUGGACCAGUUUCAAGCAAGGAGGAGGAAGGCGCCUCCAAGCAGGUCCAGGAUCUCCCCUGUCCGGUGUCUUCUGCAGCUCGCCAGCAUGGAGCUCUGUCCUUUGGCCUUCCUCGUCCUAACUGGCCUGCUGGGGUCCCUUGCCAAAGAAGAUCUUGAAAGAAAGGCCCUGGUUUUCCCAGCAGCGACCGAUACGGCCCACGUGCUCCUGAAGCUCACGCCGCCGCUGCCGCCGCCUUUGACCUGCUAUACCGUGUGCAUGAGAUUCGUGUCGGACCUGACCCGCACCUAUGCCCUUUUCUCUUACGCCACCAAGGCCCACGACAACGAAAUCCUAAUCCACCACGACGCGCCUCAUAUCUACAGCCUCUUUAUGCGGGGUGGGGUUGUCACCUUUAAUGUCACCGAAAAGCAGGCCUCUCCGACGGGCUGGGAGCAUGUGUGUGUCAGCUGGGAGGCCUCCUCCGGUUUAGUGGCGUUUUGGUGGAACAGGCAACCGUUGCCACGAAAGACACUCAUGAAAGGCCAGACCAUCAGCACGGAGGCCUCGAUCCUCCUGGGGCAGGAGCAAGAUGCCUUUGGGGGCGGCUUCAAUAUCAACCAGUCCUUUGUGGGCGAGAUGGAAGACGUGAACAUGUGGGUUAGGGUACUGUCCCCCACGGAGGUGUGCCAGGCCUGGGAUAGACGCCCUGUUCCCGACCCCCUCAUUAACUGGAGAGCGUUAGAUUAUGAGAUCAAGGGCAAGGUCAUAGUUGCCCCGUCCUUGGCUCCUGCCUGCCGAACCAAAUACAGUCUGCAAAGUACAUGCCCGUGUCCUUAGAAAGGGGACGGGGUUUGGGUUUUUUUUGCCUCUAACAAGCAUGCUUAAAGCUCCUGUCUGGUGGCACAGAUUGCUAUGCUGAUCUCAGAGCUCCCUGCCUAAGAAGGGGGUUCCAUUCAACUUGUAAACCUGCGUCCUCCUCUUAGAUCAAUGUUCUUCCAAUAAAAGCUUUUCUUGCACCUGC